AUGGCUGACCUAAGUUCAUAUAGAGAUCAACAUUUCAAAGGUUCUCGAUCAGAACUUGAUAAACUUUUGCGUUUGUCGACCACUAUGUAUGUGGGCAAUUUGGCAUUCUAUACAACAGAAGGACAAAUAUAUGAGUUAUUUUCAAAAUGUGGUGAUAUCAAACGAAUCGUUAUGGGCUUAGACAAGUUUAAAAAGACACCUUGUGGCUUUUGCUUUAUUGAAUAUUAUACAAGAGAAGAUGCAGAGAAUUGCAUGCGAUAUGUAAAUGGUACUCGACUUGAUGACCGAAUUAUACGUACAGAUUGGGAUGCUGGGUUCGUGGAAGGCAGACAAUAUGGACGUGGAAAAACAGGUGGACAAGUCCGUGAUGAAUACAGAACUGAUUACGAUAUUGGACGAGGUGGAUAUGGCAAAAAUGCUCAACCCAAAGCCGACAUGAUUAUAUUUGGAAGAAAUAAAGACGCUCUCCCAAUGGAAUAA